UCAUCAUGCGGCGCGGUCUUUUGGUCUUUCUAGUCGUCAACCUCCUCAUCGUUACGUUCCUCAUUCGCAGCGUAUCUACACUCCUGUCAUUGUUGCUGGAGGAUGCUUCGGCCGAUGCAAUUCACCGCGCGGAGCUUCCGUCGCCGAACUCGAGUUUGAUUGAACAGCGACCCCAGAAGAUUCCCAAGAUUAUCCACCAAACAUACAAGAAUGAGUCUAUUCCUGAAGUCUGGCAGGAAGCCCAGCAAAGUUGCAUCGACUUGCACCCAGAUUACGAGUACAUUCUUUGGACAAAUGAGAAAUCUCGCGACUUCAUUGCAGCCGAAUACCCCUGGUUCCUCGACACCUUUGAUAACUACAAGUAUCCCAUUCAGCGUGCGGAUUCGAUCCGCUACUUCGUUUUAGCUCACUACGGUGGCACCUAUAUUGAUCUUGAUGAUGGUUGCAACCGCCGCUUAGAUCCUCUCUUGUCAUACCCUGCGUGGGUUCGUCGCACCGCUCCCACAGGUAUUUCUAACGACGCCAUGGGAUCUGUUCCUCAACACCCGUUCUUUCUCCGCGUGAUAGAAAUGCUGCAAUCGUACGACCGUAGCUGGCUUCUCCCGUACAUUACAGUCAUGUACUCGACCGGUCCGCUUUUCUUAUCCGUGAUUUGGAAAGAAUACAUGGCAGAGAGUCCUGCCGAAGCGGCGCGUGUCCGUAUACUCAUGCAGGAUGAAUACAACCGGUUCUCCUGGAGUUUCUUUACCCACCAUGUGGGCAACAGCUGGCACGGAAAGGAUGCCAGGUUGAUCUUCUGGAUGGGACAGCACUGGAUGCUCUUGACCGUCGCCGGAUUUGUACUUGCCGGCGCGGUUGGAUUGUGUUUGUGGUGGGCUUACGGGCGGUUACUCCUCCUCGGUGCCAAGUACCGCUAUCGGUAUAGCAAGCUCCCAAUCCCAGGUCUUCGCUUACCUUCCCCGUCGCGUCGCUCGCGUGGCAUGAUGCCCAUUUUACUCCGCCGGGUUAGCUUCAAAGAUGAAGAAUCAGGCCCUACCGAAACUUCUUACGAAUACGUCAGCCGACGCGACUGAGCACCUGCUAUUUCUGUCUCAAUUGCUUGUCUCUAACACACGGCCUUUCAGCGGGUUGUAUUUUGCUUUAAUUGUGAAUGACUCUACCAUCGUGAGGACGACCACAAGAUGUCCCAGGGAUUGUUUUUCUUUUUCAGCGCAUGUAUGGAGUUUUGGGAUACUGUUUGGCCGAGCGCUUAUUAGAGCUUUGGUUCAUUGUACAUGUUUUGGCAAGAUGUGUUGUGAUCUGUAUACGGUGUGAUUUGCCAGGCAGCGCAGUCCGCCCACUAUCUGCCUUUCUCUCUUGGAUGUCUUGAUUUACUAGACUUUUCUUCGCGUGAGCGUCUUCGCUUCUUGUGCCCCCUUUAUACCUUAUGCUUUUUAACCGUCAGAAAGGUUUAUAUAGACUUGCCCCGCUUGGUGGAUGUGCUGUCAGCGUUUCAAUUGCCUGGAGCUCGCUGAGCCGCCGACAGAUAAUAAUAAUGUAAGAUUUUAGAGUCUGCAG